CCUGAGCAGCCUUGGUCUUCAUUCUGAUGUAGACGUUCGAGUCCUCCCGACCGCCGACUUGCAGGAUGGCAAGACCCGGGGAGAAUGUGGGGUCCUUGGCUCGCUCGGCUGCCACCUGGCCCGCCAGCUCUCGCCGAAUUUCAGCCGCCACGGCCUUCCCAUCCAGUGUGUGGUGAACCUCAGCCCCACUGAUGUCCUGUCCCUCCAUCUUUCCGCCACCUGGUGCUGAGCAAAGGUCAAAGUUCAAUGCGCGUGCGCAGUAAGAAUGCCUAAAAGGGGGAGGGGCAGGUUGUGCAGCAAUGGCUACCCCAGAGAUGCUUUCAAACUCGGAGCGCGGAGCUCUCGACACAGUUCUGAGGCCACAUCUGCGACUGGAUCCAGCGCCCGAGACAUUCCCUCCAGAAAACAGAGACGAAGACGACCGAACAGCAGAGUUGGAUCUGACCCAGUCGUGGGGAGUGGGACGAAGGAAGAUGUCUGACGGGACCAAGUUCAGAUCGUUCUCUACACAGAGAUCUCGCAGCAAAUCAGAGAGCAGCAGGGUAACGCUGAAUUUUCGCGCGGGAAUCAUAAAGUUGCUUUUAGCCUAAAUCUUAUGAAGACUUGUAGAGUAAAUCUAACCAUGCAAGCAUGCAAACGACUCUGCAAUCAUCAUGUAGGGUGUGUAGAACAGAUGGACAGUGUGCAAUGAGCUAACGUGCAUUAUUCCUUGCAGCCAUUCUCGCGGUCGACUGUACACCAGAGUACGGCGGAGGCAGACAACAAGAGAAGGCCAGGGAUCUCGCGGAGAAUCUCCACCAGAUAUCGACCACCGUCUCCUGAACCUCCCGACCCUAACUCUGAGGCCAAAAGCCAGACAAUUCGGCGGAUGCAAAGCAGUCUGGAAACAUGGGACAGACAACUAGAGGAGAUUUUACACAAAAAGACACACAACGACAUGGUGACCAAGACAGAGCUGGAGAAGAGAGACCAACAGCUAGAGGAACUGACUGUGAGGUACAACAGAGAGUGUGAGAAGAGCCAACACACUGAGCUCGAGAGAGACAAUGUCACCACUGAACUGAAUAACACAACAGAAGAGUUGAAUGACACAAAGGGCCAGGUGAAGCAGCUACAAAGUAGUCUCGAGCAGUACCAGCGAGCUUACCAGGAGCUCGAUGAGAACAAAAGAGAACUUGAGGAGGAUUUAGAGGAGGUAUCAGAGCAACUGCAGAAGAGCGAGGGGAUGCGUCGUCGACUCAACGACCAAGUGACGGAGCUGCAGGGACAACUGGCUAUCGAGGAACAACGAUCCCGCUUCUGUACCAUUCUCUGAUCCCUGUUUUUUUUACCACGCCCCCUAUCGCGGCAUCAUGUGAUCUUAUUUGCCGAUUCAGCAUUUUAUCGGCGCAGCGCGAAACGAGGGGGGAGAGAUGGAGAGUAGGGGCCUUUCAGCUGGCGAGAGACUCAGUCAACAGAAUCUUGUCACCCAGAGGAAGAAUCUGCUGGGAAUUAGCAAAAUGUGUGUCAAGAGUCUGGUGGACAAGGCGGCGUUCGAGGCGGUGGGAGACGACUGCGGGGAUCUGGACAACUUCUGCGCGGCCAUGGAGCACGUCUUCACUCACAGGAUUCAAGUGAGAUGGAGGGUGUUUGGCAGCUCAGACUCUCAGUCAUUCUGGCCCCUCCUCUCCCGGCUAGCCCCGCCCAUCACUGUCUCCUCCGUUCAAGACAUGGAGAAUAUCACCUCUGAGAUUGGCAGGUGCAGAGCGUGGAUUCGACUGAUGUUGGUUCAGAAGCGUCUCUCACAUUUCAUGACUUCCCUACUCAGCAAACAGGACCUUCUACAGGCAGACUAUCUCCCAGGUGCAUUUCUAGUAUCAGAAGAGCUCACAGAACUGGCUGGUACAGUGAAAUGCCUCGACAACAUUGACUUCAAUUUGUGUCUCCGUGAUCGUGAUUUCGACCUCAAAGAGCGGAGAGAAAUCGACUACUCGCUUUACCUUCUUUUUAACCAAAGCCACAGCAGCCAGGUCGACGACUUCUUUGAAGAGCAGAAACUGAGCUCCAACCGCAGGGUGUCGUUUCCCUGGCAACCGGAACUGUGGGCGGGGUCUGGUGAGGUUGUGGUAGAUGGGGAGGGGGGUGAGGUGGGGGGAGGUGGGGGAGGGGCAGUUGAUACGCCUACACACCUCCGAGAACUCUUGAAAACCGAACGAGAACAAAAGAACUACUUUGAAGAACUGGUGUCGGUGAGAGACAAGCAGUUGGCGAGACUCCAAUUAGAGCUCACCUCAGUCGGAGAGGAGAGGGAGAAGGAGAGGGCAGAGCUGGAAGUUGUCAUCAUUGAACUGCAGCAACAGCUAGAGCAAAAACAGAGCGAGCUUCGGGCACUUCAACAGUCUGUUGGUUCAUCAUCAACACUGAAACCUCGAGCCUCUACAUUCUCCAAAUCACACUCUCCCCCUCCUGCAAACAAAUCUCCCAUUGGCAGCAGUAACAUCCACAACAGUCACCAGCUCCCUCCUCCUCCUCCUCCAUCUUCUUCCAACAGUAAAACAGGUGGAAGGCCAAGAAACAGUUCAUUUUCAUUGUUUUCCAGCUUUCUCGGCCCACGAAGCAACACUUGAUGUAUGCUCACUUGAGAUAUAUUAUUUGGUGUGCGUAUUAGUGUGUUUUAUGGACUUUUAUAGCGCUAGCGUAU